UAAACAAAAAGCUGUAAUAUAUUUCAUUUCGGAUAAUAAUAAUUGCAUCACAAGAGGGCAAAUUUGGUCUUCGUCUAGGCAAAGCGGCAGGACUAACAUAAAACAAAUAAAAAAUGAUUACAUCACAAUCAGGAACAGAUAAAGAAAAGAGAAGGAAGGAAGGAAUUGUUGAUUUAUCAAAAUACUUGGACAAACCUAUAAGAGUUAAAUUCCAAGGUGGGCGUGAAGCUACAGGCAUCUUAAAAGGAUAUGAUCCUCUCCUGAACUUGGUACUUGACAACACUACAGAGUUUUUACGAGAUCCAGAUGACCCCUUCAAACUGACUGAGGAUACUAGGACCUUAGGACUUGUAGUCUGUAGAGGGACAGCAGUAGUAGUUGUAUGUCCCAUGGAUGGUUUGGAAUCCAUACCAAAUCCUUUCAUUCAACAUGAUGGCUAGAUUUUCCAAAGGCUUUGUUCCCAGUGUCCCCAAGCACAAGACUGUGUUUAUUUCUUUAUUUUUUAUUGUUAUGCUUUGCUUGUAAGAAGGUUAAUAAGUAAACCAAGUGAACUCUUAUUUUUUAUGUGAAAUUAAAAAAACUUGCAAUAAAGAUGUUUAUAUCAUGAA